GUCCUUAACUGAGAGGAGCAGAAGCAGCACCCUGGUGCUGAAGUGAUAGCUCCUCCGCCGUUAGGCUCGAAGCUUGGUAUUGGUGCCGCCUCUUGUUACGCGACGUCAAGCCCGCACACACUGGCAAAUGGAAAACUUAGCUCUUCUUCCGAAUGUGUUUUAACGCGGUGUCGUCUGAUUGUCUGGUGGUACUUUACAGAGAGAGAGAGAAAGAGAGAGAAAGGAAUAAUCUGCAGGUCUUCAGUGAGGAGCAUCCUGUAGGCUGUCUGCGUUUCUUCUGCGGAAGAGCUGGCGUAGUCGGGUCUCGUGUUUUAGCAGGGCCGGCCGCUCUUAGUAAAUGCAGUUUCUCUUUAUCGUUCACUGCGUAAAAUGACAGUGCCGGUAUGACUUCAUAUACAAUAUAGUUAAUUAUUGUUGUGGUAGAAGCAGAGGGCAAAGUUGCAGACCUCACCCAGUCGCAGAGCUGUCAAAUGAUGUAAUGGAAGCAAUCUGGAUUUACCAGUUCCGCCUGAUCGUUAUUGGGGACUCGACGGUGGGCAAAUCUUGUCUUUUGCGGCGCUUCACCGAAGGAAAGUUCACUGAUGUCUCGGAUCCCACGGUCGGGGUGGACUUCUUUGCACGAUUGGUAGAAAUAGAACCCGGUAAACGAAUCAAGCUGCAACUCUGGGAUACGGCGGGUCAAGAAAGAUUCAGAUCAAUUACUCGCUCUUACUACAGAAAUUCUGUUGGUGGGCUGCUGGUGUUUGACCUGACCAAUCGGAGGUCUUUCGAGCAUGUGAAGGACUGGCUAGAUGAAGCGAAGAUGCAUGUCCAACCUUUUAAAAUUGUUUUCCUUCUGGUGGGACACAAGUGUGACCUUCCUUCUCAGCGCCAGGUGACAAGAGAAGAAGCGGAAAAGCUUGCUUUGGCUUGUGGGAUGAAGUACAUCGAGACUUCAGCUAAAGGAGCUACCAACGUGGAGGAAUCAUUUACUGUGCUUACCAGAGACAUCUAUGAACGAGUCAAGAAAGGCGAGAUUAAUAUUGAAGAAGACUGGGAAGGUGUGAAAAGCGGCUUCAUCCCAAAUGUUGUCCACUCAUCUGAGGAGGCUGUGAAGCCUGGCAAACGAUGUUUUUGCUAACUCCUGGAGGAAGUUGGAAGGUUGAACUGAAGUAUUCAUCUGGAAUUCGUUGAUGCAUGUACUUCAGCAGUAAGCACCAGGCCAUGCUGUGCCUGAACAUAAGGUUUGGCGUGUUAUUAAAAAGCUGCAGUCUUAAUUGCCAAGCAGUUUAACUAAUGGUUUGGUGGUAUACAAUAUGUGCACUUUGUAUAGUAGAACACAAAGCGCUUAUUGAGUCUAGCAAGCAGUAACUUACGUACCAACUGCCCCUAUCUUCCUGCCCUGUAUUAAAAUGCUUUAAUGCCCAUUUAUACAAUAGCAAGAAUUGCUUGCUUAUGCACAAGAAACUGCUUUCCCAUCAUUCCAGUCUUUACGUGAUGUGCUUUCACGCUGACCAGCCAUAUGCAGUAAUCUUUCAAAAUCAAUAUACAAAGAACAAAUAUGUUGUAAGAAUACAUUUCACCUUUACCAAUUCCAUGAGGGUGGGCUUUAAUUUGUUAUUACCGUUGGGAUGUUGUUUUUCCAUGUGCCUUUCAUACUUCAUGCCAGAAUCUUCUGAUGUAUAUAGAAUGUUAAAAAUAACAAUGGCAAUGUUUAAUCAUGUGACAAAGUGCAAGUCAAACUUUGAGAAUUAACACUGAAUCCUGCAUUAUGUAGUGCAAUAUAUUUAUAUACUGUACAUUUAGAAGAUGAACUCUGUUGAAUAUUCUCUGUUCUUGUAUAUAACUGAGUAUACCUAAAAGUGCACCAACUAUAGAUGUCCAGGCAUCUCAUCCAUUGAGAGGGUACCAGUCAUGAUGGUGAUCUUGGCAAGCAGAAAUAAAAGCAAAUGGCAUCGUGUGUGAAGAUGUCUGUAAGCCUGGUGGAAUCUUACGAUGCUCAAAGCGUUGAGUUUAGCUCUUUAGACUGAAUGGUGUAGUGAGCUUUAAAGGGGUACAUCAUAGGCUGGGUUUGUAUUGCUGCAUUGUACAUUAAAUCCUAUAAUAACUCUAAUACGGCAAGGUAUAACAAUACCAUUGAGGGUUUAUAUUGCACCAUUAUAAAGCUAACUCCCAUAAUAAUUUUAAUCUGGCAAGGUAUGGCAAUACUGUUAAAAAAAUGCACUAAAACGCCAUACACCAUGGAGGAGUAUUAAGUCACAUGCUUCUUUAUUGUACAUUUCUUGGAAGAAAAUCUGUCUAAUUUCUCCCAAAUGAAUCUUUACCGGCAAUGGUAUUGACUCAACAGGGAAAUAAGCUUACUAGAGAUGCACAAAGAUAGGUUAAAAAUCUUCCCCUUCAUACACGUAAUCCUAUGCGCUUCUCACAACCAGAGGACCGUUAAAGGAAGGAGGAAAUUUUAUGUGCUCUGCUGCAUCUGUGAAAGAGGCACCAGGAGAGACAUUCAGAUUUCUUGUCAUCUCUGACUUGCAUGCUUAAUGGUUUUAUUUUCUUCCAGAGCAGCAGUGCUUGGGAGACUUAGAUUUUUUUUUUAUUUUGCAGUUCUGAUUAAGAAUAAACUAGUUGAGAACGCAGACGUUAGUUCUGAUAAUCAAUAUUUUUACAUGUUAUACAUUAGCCUUCAUUCCAAGUGCUUUGCUGUGCUGCAGCAGUGGAAUCCACGCCUUUUCAAAGUGAAAUUACUGUUCAAAUGAUUAUUGUUUCCUGCCAAGUCCUGGUCUGACCGUACGUGAUGCAGUGUUGAGAUGGUGAUUUAACCUGUAAUGAAUACAUUUGGUAGAUAGUUCCACAGAGAACAACCUCAGCCUAUCUUACAUAUAACUCUCCAACGUCUUUGUUGCAGGCAGUAUGGUGCGUUAGUUAAGGUUUUGUAAUUCAAACCUGAAGGUUGUGUGUUUAUAUCAUAUGUGAACUGCUAGGUCGUGUGGUAGCACCCCAAACACAACCACCACAGCACAAAUCCCGGGUUCAAAUACAAGGCUUACUUAUACAAAAUACCUUAUGAAUGGCUUCUUUUAAUAAUGAAUACCAGUAAUAUUCUCUUCUUCUGUCUUCUUCUAUUCUCAUCUUCUGUCUUGUCCUUCUCCUUCUGCUCUUCCAUGAUGAGCUUCAUCCUCCUCCAUCCAACUCUGACUUUCCUGGAGGAGGUCGAGUGGCUUGUUUUAUCUUGAACCCAGAAGUAUUUCUGGUGGAAGCAUUUCCAGGUCAAGCUGAAUCCCCACAAAGUUGGGAUCAUGGAUCCUUGUAGCACCCAUAGAACCCAACAAGGCUGCACCAUGGGACUACAGUUCUAAGUAUGUCUUGCGGAUGUCCAUACAGGUAGUGUCGCCCAGGGUUGCUGCCACCUAGUGUAUCGGGAGAGCAUAUAGUCCUGGCCAGGACACCUGCCCAUGUGUACCAUCUAUCGCACAUGCUACUGACACACUGUGACCAUGAGCAAGCCACCACACUUGCUUGUGCUCCAAUUGGAGAAAAAUAAAUUAGAAAAGAAAUAUAACCAAUUGUAUGUCUCCAAUGUUGUAAGUCACCUUGACAAACUAUUUGUUUCCCUUCUUAACUAGAAUUACAUACCAGUAGCAAGAAAUAUUAACAGUGGCAGAGCAUUUCUGUACUGUGUGUUAUAGAAAUAGAGUUAUGAGAAUCACAGGAGCCAAUAAAGAUGGAGAUGGAGUGUAAAAACACUGUGAAGAACCCCUCAACUCCACACUUGUCAUUCAGUUUUAAUCCGGUGUCACAGAAACAUCAGCUACUCAACUGAUGAACACUGACAACUGAAUGCCUUCCGUGGGGUUUACAUGAAAGCUAGGGGUUAAUGAAGCAUGUCCACCUAUUUCCACUGAGCCAAAAAGUACUCCUUCCUUUACUUCUGAACUACUACAGCCAUGUCCUCUGCAUUACAUUCCAACUUUUUGUCAUGUAUCAUCUCAGGUUUGGUUUUUCCAAGCCAAUAUUCACAUGAUGUAAUAUUCUGUAUAUUAAUAAUUAUAGCAUUUGCAGGUCCCUUCUAUCGUGGCUACAGCAGUGGAGUUUGGAGUCUUCACUACUUGAUUGACUUGUUUGAUUCACUCCACAAUUAUUUUAUUUUAAGAAUGUUGGAAUAUUUAGACAUUUUUUCAAGUCUUCUUUUCAUCCCCGGGUUGAUCUACUGAUUUGUAAAAUUUAGAUAUACAAUACAUUAAAAUUUAGAUAAAAUCAAAAACUGAGGUCCUUCUGAAUAAAAGUACAAUCCCUGCGGAUCUGCCAUCCUUGAGUGUGGAAUGCCAGGAUUAAGCAGAUUUAAAAGUCUGCUUAUUUUCAUUUACUUUAUUGUUAAUGUGUAUAUUUUAUUUCAUUAUUACUUUAAAAAGAAGGAACUUAUAUGUGAGCUAUGUGAAGUAAGGGCCGAUGAGCCACUCUUCAGUGACAUUGUUGAUCUGCACCUCGGUGUGUACUGAGUACUCUAGAGAACUGGCUGUCCUUUCAAGGAAGAGGAUUAGACAAAUCUCUUAAGAAGUGUGUAAGAAUAUCGUUCUGAGAGUGAAAAAGUUAAAGACACACUGCACAGUUAUUCAGAAUUUUCAGAAUUCAGUUUUAGAGGUCAUUCGCAUUGGGUGUGAUGAGGAUGGACAGGAUUAGAAAUGAGUACAUUAGAGGGUCAGCUCAGGUUGUACUGUUGGGAG